AUGCCGAAACACGUUAAGACUCCAUCGUUUUCAAACAUGAAUAUGACUGCUGCUGGUUCAAUAGUUACAAAGAGUCCCAAUGAUUCAUUAAGUAAAUGGAAAAUCCCACAUUAUUAUAAGAGAAACACUUCCUGUACUCCAGUGGAUACUGCAACGAAUAAUGGUACGGAAACUACCACCAAUACAUUGGAUCAUCAAGGACAGACUCCCUCCUCAGCUUCUCAGUUAAAGAAUGUGUCUGGAAUGUCGACACCUGAUCUGUCUCAUAUGUCCAAUACAAGUGGUAAAUUCGUGAAAUCCCCCAAUUUUAAAAAUUUGACAAGUCCAAAGAAAAUGAUGAUGGAUGAAAAUUAUAAAAAACAAGUUAGAGCUAAGAAAAAGGGGAAACAUGGCGUAGUGUUCGUGAAUUAUACAGUGCAGGAUGAUCUAGAUAAGAUGAAUGAUUCGAUAAUUCAAAUAGACACAUCCAAUAUCAAUGGUUCUCAUAAUAAUAUGCUUCAUGAAAAAAAUGAAGAAAUAACGGUUAGAAAUGUACCGCCAGCUCAUGAAAUAUCCCAAGAACUGUUCGAAUCAAAUUUGAUUCCCUCGUUACCUCAAUCAAAACCUAAUUCAAAACAAAAAUCUGCUAGGAAGAGAAUGCUAAAGAUAUUUGGUUCAUCAAAGAAUAAAUUCACAAAUAAUACUAUUGGAUUAACUCAGAAUAACAAUAAUAAUAGUAACAAUAAUGGUAAACAUUCUUCGAUUGAAGGCGCAAAGACAAUAACAACAUCGACAAGGAAAUCUAUAUCAAAACCGACUCCAUUGAAUAGAUCCAUUUCAACUCCAACUUUACCCACAAAAGAAGAAAUGGUCAUGCCAAGUAAUGCAAAUACAAGUACAUCUUCAGCUGUCUCUUCGUCAUCGACUUCGAUAGGGAAGAAAAAGUCUUAUGGUUCACUACUCAAAUAUGGGAAAUUGCGUUCAACUGACUCUACAAUAAAUCAUCAAUCUAUGAUAGAUGAUGUAUCCUUUGAUGAUAUGAUGAAUGAAAUCGUACCAAAAUCAAAUAAUGAUAAUAAUAAGAAUAAUAAAAAAGCUCCAAGGAAAAAGAAAAAUACUUAUUCAAAUUUAUCAUCAUCAUAUUUGCAUGAUCCUCAAAUGAAUACCAAUGUUGCCUCGAUGCCUGUCUUCAAUACAAGUAUGGAUGCUGGUAAAGCAAUGGAAAUGGCAAUGACAGAACAACAAAAGAUGGUAGAUUUUAAUUUUCAAAAUAAAAUGAUGUUGAAUAAUAAUCGCUCUACGACAAGUUUGGAUCCAUCAAACAUUAAUAACAACAUGGUUGAUAGCCAUCAAUUGAACAAAAUUUAUUCUUCUGCUUCAUCCUCACAUUUACCAAUGAAUUCAAAUAGUGAUGGAAGCAACGUUUCUCCAAAUUCAAAUUUGGUGGGGCUUGGUAUAAGUCCCUCUCAGUACUCUCCAAACGUUAAACAUGAGGAUAAUGAUGCCUCUAUCGCGUUUAGUAAAAUGUUUACCCAGAAGAAGAGAGCUAGCACCAUGGAUUCUAUAUCCAAUGCUGGUAACAAGGAUAUAAACACGGGUUUAUCAUCGAUGAACAACAUUUAUUCUCCAAUAAGAACAGUAUCUCCAGCAAGACAAAGAUCCUCCACCAGAGGAUCCUCCACUUACCGUCUCUCUAGAGAUAUAUCCUCGCUUUCCAGCGUUCGAGAUGGACCAGAGAACAGUUAUUUAGAUUCUCAACAGUAUACUCAAAAGGUACCUAUUAGUAACAACGGUAGUUCUGGUAGUAACAAUAACAACAGAUUAGGUCAUAGAAAAAAACAAGAAUCAAUAUCUGAAAUAUAUAGACAACAGCAACAGAUGAUCAACAAUACUGUGGUGACACCAUCUACUAACGUUCCAUUUGUGACACCACCUUAUUUUACAUCAAACCUUGCCAUUCCUUCUUCAAAUUCAACAUCAUCCACUCCAAGUGUUGGUGAUAUAAGUGCAUCGGGUCUCAUUCAUACGCAGGGUGGUGCCAAUAUGAAUCAAAAUGUAUAUAUGAAUACAAAUGGAUCUACAUAUUUCGAUGGAAAUGGUUCUAUAGAUAACAGUCACAAUAAUGCAAUGAUAGAAUUAUCUGAUAUCCAAACACCUCUGGAAAGCAUUCCAGCCAUAGAUACAAUGACAUCCAAUACAACUCCAAUGCAAGGAACUCCAAGUAAUAAUAUUAUUAAACAAACAAAAAAUAUAAAAUCAACUAAUUCGAAUAACAAUAAUAACGAACAUGAAAAUAUACCGUAUAUGCCUAACGAUGCUAGUACAGGUAGUAGUAGCGCUCUAGAGUCUAUAAUGACAAAUUCUUUGUCUACCACGACAUCACAUACAUUAAACAUGCCAACAAACGCACCAAAUAUGGUAUAUCAAACCCAAGAUGGCGAACCAUUUACACUUGUGAAUACCGGGAUGGGAUCGAAUGAUAUAAACUUAAAUCAUUUUGGUGGUGGGAAAGUUCCAAUAUCAUCAAACCAAUCGAUUAUGAUCCCCCAAAAUGCCUCCGACGUCACUAAUAUGGCCGAUGAUCAACUGAUACAACAUAUGUAUAUGGAGUUUGAUUUUGAGAAUCCAACCGGAAUGUUGAGUGAGCUUAUAAGAUCAGGAAAUAAUGUUCACACAUCGAAUAUAAACACGGCAAUGUCGACACAUAGUCCUACUUUAACAUCGGUUGCUGGCCCAGCAUCUUCAUCUUCUCCAUCGACAAUAGUACCGCCAAAUGGUGGUAAUAAUACCUUCAACCAUCACACGAAUGAACAUGGAAAUAGUAUGAAUACAAUGAUGAGUGGAAAUCCUAUUGUAGGAACUAAUAUGAUACACAAUAGCGGAAUGACAGAUGAAAUGGCGCAAUUCAAUUCAAAUACAUUUACUGUUCCCGAUGUUUAUGACCAUAACAUGAAUGAAUUCCAUAAUGGACAAGCAGUAGGCGAUGGAAAUAAUGAGAUGGCUGCUGCGUUCUUUUUGGAUAAUUAG